CACUCAGGCACUAUGAAACGUCUUUGAGAGAGCGAGAGAGCGCGCGCAUUAAAAAAAAAAAAAAAAAGGCACAACCAGCCACUAACCAGGACUUUGCAGAGUCCAGAGAGAGCGAGAGCGAGAGUCCUUAGCACUGAUCUCUUUAUAGAAUUAAAGACUUUUUUUUUUUUUUUUUUGGUGGUGGUUGGUGGUAAAAGGUUGGUUUCCUCCUUCCUUUCAUGCGAGAGCCAUGAGUUCCUACUUUGUAAAUCCUCUUUUCUCCAAGUACAAAGGCGGCGAGUCUCUGGAACCAACUUACUACGAUUGCAGAUUUCCACAAAGUGUAAGCAGAAGCCAUGCUCUCGUGUACGGUCCGGGCACCACGGCUCCCGGCUUCCAACACCCUUCACACCACGUCCAAGAGUUCUUCCACCACGGAACCUCCAGCAUCUCCAACUCGGGAUACCAGCAAAAUCCUUGCGCCCUGGCGUGCCACGGAGACGCUUCUAAAUUCUAUGGAUACGAAGCCCUACCAAGGCAAUCGCUUUAUGGUGCCCAGCAAGAGGCGGCCGUGGUACAAUAUCCUGACUGUAAAUCCUCUUCCAACAGUAACUCUAGCGAGGGACAAGGGCAUUUAAAUCAAAAUUCUUCUCCCAGUCUCAUGUUCCCAUGGAUGAGACCUCACGGUUAGGACCAUUUUUUUCUCCUUCCUCCUUAAAUGUGUUCUUUUCUAUUUAAGCAGAGAAAGAAAGAAAGGGUUUUAGGGAACGGGGGGGAGGGCGGGGGGGAAUCUGUAUUUUGGAGAGACAGGCAAAGGCAGAUAGAUAAAUAGUAGGGUUGGUUGCAAGAAUGUUUCUUCUUCCUGUUUCGGGAGGGGGUAUAUAUAUAUAUAUAUAUAUAUAUAUAUAUAUAUAGUAAACAAGGCUGUAGCUGGCUUUAAAAGGCAAUAAGGUGAUUUCUGGGUUUAAAUCACAAUAAAGUAAAACUUUUUUAAAAAUAGCUUGCCUCCAGGAGAGCAGUAAGAUACAGCUCCCACGAGGUUAUUAGCAUGUUGAUAAUACGCUGGGUGCCCCCCCCCCUCUAAAAAUGUCAUAUAGCUUUUCCUAACUGCUUGACGUCUUGGGCUAAAAGGUGAGCUUUAAUAAUAAUACAAUAUCGCUGCAGAUCAUUUGAAUAUUUCGAGAGAUCUUUAAUAUUUAAAGUGUAAACUUUGAAGGGCAACUUUGUUCACAAUUUUUUUUUUUAAGGAAAAGACUUAAGAACACUUAGAGAUGAUGGUGAUGGUGGUGGUGGUGAUAAUAAUAAUAUUAACAACAACAAUUAUAAUGGUGACAGUAGCAGUAACGACUCUACAAACUGCUGUAUUAAAAGUAACUUUACUGAAAGGAGCAGUGCCAAAAUGCCCACAGAAUUCUCUAAUACUCUGCUAAGCAUAAGUUUCAGAAGGCUUUUUAAUUCAAAACACAUGAAGGCUCGUUUGUUUGUUUUUAACUGGGAAAUUAAAGGACAGCUUUAGCUAUAACCCCCCCUUCUUUAAAACACAGUUGUGUAAAGAUGUCUCAGAAAGGCUUCAGAUCGGACAUAUAACACGGAGCAGAAGAUUAGAAGUUAUUGUUAUGAUUGACGAUUCUUACUUCCAGGCAAGCCUGUAAUAAAAAUCUCGAUAAUAAAAAAAUGGGGGAGGGAUGGUUGUUGUUGUUUAAAAACAACAACAGCAACAGCAACAACAACAGCAAUCUCGUAUGUAAGAAAUAACAAUAUAUACAAACUGUGGUAUUUUACUAUAAUUAUUGUUGCUGGGUUGGCUUUGAGUGCCUUUUCAACGUUUGUAUAUAUGUUGCUACAGCCAUGCAUAUGGAUGCCUAAAUAGACACACAGAAAGCAGCAGCAGAGUCCAACCCACCCACCCCCAAAAAAUUAAAACUGAAAGAAACUGUAGUGGAAUACCUAUCCUGAGGGUUACUAAGGAAAACCGAGAAACAAGGAAGUAUUUUUUUAAAAGUGCAUUUGCACUAGGAAGUCAAAAGUAAAUUUUGCACACAGACAGGGGAGGAGGAGGGGGAGGAAUGGGUGGCAGGAGGUCUGCCUUGGAACUCCGAUUCCUAAGGUAAUUUUAUUUCAAUAUAUGCUUUCUUUCAUUUGACUGUUGGAAUGCUAGAAGGGGCUGUAGGAGGUGGGAGACAGACAGUGGCGAGGGUAGUGGGUGGGUGGGAAGUGGUCUGUUGUCAUUAGGAGACAUGAAGGCAGAAUCAAAGCGAAGAGAAGAGACCCUAACAAGUUAUUUGUUGUUGUUGUUGUUGCCUGUUCAACAGCUCCCGGAAGGCGCAGUGGCAGGCAGACUUACAGCCGGUAUCAGACCUUGGAGCUAGAGAAGGAGUUCCUCUUCAACCCCUAUUUGACACGGAAGCGGCGUAUAGAGGUCUCUCACGCCCUGGGACUGACAGAGAGGCAAGUCAAGAUCUGGUUCCAGAACAGGAGGAUGAAAUGGAAGAAAGAGAACAACAAGGAUAAACUCCCCGGAGCCAGGGACGAGGAGAAGACGGAGGAGGAAACUAACGAGGAAGAGGAAAAAGAAGAAGAGGAAAAAGAAGAAAGCAAGGACUGAUCUCUCAGCUCCUUGAAGUCCUCGUUUUAUGGCAGAUGAUAAAUCGAGAUGUUUACGACGGUCAUUCGCUUUUAUAGAGUAUAGAAUGGAGAGACUCACACACAACAGUAACUACCUGUCAAAAGAGUUGUAGCUCCCCCUUUUUAUUGUCAUAGGACUUCCCUUAGUUCCCCCCUUCCUUAUAGCAGCAUUUUUUAAAAAUAAUAAUAAUAAUUUUAACUUUUUAAAAACAAAAACAUUUUUUUUUGUGUUUGGCUUCCAGUGAAAUUACUAUAGAACAGGAUUGACUUACAGAUCCAGUCCUAAACCCAGCACUAUCUCUUUCCAGACGAAUGGACCUCUUCGCCAUCACCACCACCAGCAGUGACCCCACCCCCUUCCACUCCUUGCUUUCUUCUAGUUGUCAGCAAAUACAAGGAUCUUAUAUAUUUAUUUGGGAUAGGAAGGACUCCUAUUUCUUCUCGACCAG